AUGCAGUCAUUCCUAAAGAGAGGACUCUCGUCACUCUCUCUAUCGGCAUCUUCGUCUCGGUCGAAUCUAACUACAUCAACUGAUGGCCAAAUUAAUGAUAUUCCGGCUGAAGCGGAUGCAGAUAAUGAGCUGAAAGCGGAGACGCAGAUAACUUUUACCACCGCCAGUGAAGAUGUGCUAUUCCCCAAAGUCCGACCUGAACUAGACGGAGAAGAUUGUGACAGAGAUUGCGCAAGCUGUACGAUCCGGUACCCUGCGAAAUUUGUUGUGGACUUGGAAGACAAAUUAUACGGGAACGUCGCAGGAUGGGCAACCCACGUCCUUAUUGCGACGGGUAAGACAGAUUGGGUUCGAGAUGUCGCCGACGAAAAAGGCAGCGUUAUGGAAGCUGUCGAAAAGAGUGGGGUGAAGCCUGUAAAUGGAACACUCAAACUAUCCGCCUCUAAUAUGCCAGUACCGGAUGAAUACCAUAUGUAUCCCGAGGGAGAGCAACCGACAACAGCCUUGAUAUUACCUGCAUUUACGAUAGUGGAGAAUGUCACACCCGCGCUUGCGCCAGACCUGAUUCACCACUUCAUCGAUAAGGCUGCCACAACGACCACACCGCUGAAUCAAUCGCCACUACCGAACAACACUCCCAUGGUAGAUACAGAGCCAAUUGAAGACGCAGAACGAGGAAGCCAGCCCUCCUCUAUAAGUGGGAGCAACGCAGAUGGAGCUCAUGAUGUGCCCGCUGCUCCUAAGAUUCCCACACCUCUUCUUUCUCGGCCCUGUCCACAUGCAGCGGUGAUACUGCUCUGUUCACAGCGUACCCGCGACGCACGAUGCGGCCAGUCAGCUCCCCUCUUACGACGUGAGUUUGAACGCCACUUACGUCCACUGGGCUUGUACCGGGAUCUUCAUGACGAAAGGCCAGGCGGGGUAGGUAUAUACUUCAUCUCGCAUGUGGGAGGACACAAAUACUCCGCUAACGUGAUGGUCUAUCGGAGGAGAGAUUUUGAGUGGUAUAAAAAAGAGGCGCAGAGAAAAGGCCAGGGAGAAGAUGACGAUCGCGGCGAUGGGAUUGAUGGUGGUAUCGAGGGCGCUGUUCAGGGCAUAUGGCUUGCCAGAAUCCGUCCAGAAGACUGUGAAGGUAUCAUCAAGUACACUGUGCUAAAGGGCAAGGUUGUUAAACCUGAUACGCAACUGAGGGGAGGUUUUGAUCGAGAACGGGGGCUAAUCAGCUGGUGA